ACUUUACUUAUAUGUGGCAUUUCUUUAGAUGCAUUGAACAUCAUUUUAGGAAAAUACAAUUUGCAAAAUAUAAACAAAAAUCUUUUCAAGUGACAAAUCAGAUGUACAUGUCAUUCGGUAUUUAUUGUUCUGCACGCUGAUUUCGAAUUUGAGUGAUCACAACGCUGGUAUUUUCCGAACACGACAGAUGGACAUUGACCAUGUCGAUUAUGGAGUCAGUUCGAUCAAAGUUCUCCUACAUUAUAGGAGGAAUCUGUGUUAUUAUUGGCAUUGUAAUGGCUGAGACAUUGAUUCUUUCGCUAGAUUUCCAAACAAGGGGGCGUAUAUUGAGGGCCCAGUUUGUGUUUUUUCUACAGUUAGCCUUGGUGGGCGGGGAUUACUUAGUAUGGCGGUCCUUGGCUUUGUUUUUCGAUGGUUCUCCGAACACUCGUUUACCCAAACUAUGGAGACUUCUGCUAUUUUUCUACAUGUGUCUUGUUCAUUUGAGUUAUUUGUGCAAUGUUUUGUUCGUUAGGACAGAACCGAUUCUAUUUUCCAUUGUAUGUUAUUUAUGCCUAGCUGUUCAUUUUCAAUUUGUGUUUAUUAUCAUUGUAUUCAAAAUAUAUGAAGCACUUUAUAAGACUGUCAAAGGCAGAUCAUUCCAUGGCAAAAGAAUGUACUUCAUAGCAUUUGUGUGUACCAUUCUCAUAACUGCACUUGGCUUUAUCAAUUCUCAAAAGCCCCCUGUGAUAAAAUAUGUAUUUGUUCCAAUUAAAAAUCUACCACAAAAACUAGAUGGCUUUCACAUUGCAAUGCUGUCUGAUAUUCAUCUGGGGGUAACUGUUGGGAAGUCCAAACUUGAUAGAAUUGUCGCCAUGGUCAACAGCUUAAAUCCAGAUGCUGUGGUCAUUGUUGGAGAUUUAGUAGAUGGCCCAGUCAAACAGUUAGAGGAAUCCUCCAGAAGUCUCACCAACAUCGUGUCUAGAUAUGGGACAUAUUAUGUAACAGGUAACCAUGAGUAUUACACAAUGGAUGCAGAUAACUGGUUGACACAUCUGGACUCUGUAGGAAUCAAUGUCCUACACAAUGGUAAUAGACAGAUUCCUUUAGAGGGCAAUCCGAAGGAGCAGUUGUGUAUGGCAGGAGUAGAUGACCUUGAAGCUGAUAGAAUAAUGUAUGAUGACCAUGGCUUCAAACUGGAGGAAGCAUUAAGGGGAUGUCAUUCAGAACAACCCAUUAUUCUCCUAGCCCAUCAGCCAAAAGCUGCCAAGAAAGCUCUACAGACCAGCCGCCAUAUAGAUUUAGUUCUCUCAGGUCACACACAUGGUGGACAGUUUCCCCCUGUAGUUUUCGGAGCCUAUCUUUUCAACCCAUUUUAUGCGGGUUUAUAUCCCUAUGGUGACAACAGCCAUGUUUAUGUUUCCAUGGGAACUGUAUACUGGGGAUUCCCAGUUCGUAUUAUGACAAUGCAGGAAAUUACAUCAAUAACACUGCACACUGUGUAAACAAACAGAAUUCAUAUCAUUUAUUAUUGAUCUCAGUAUUAAUUAAUUCUCCUUUUUAAAAGGUUUUCUGAAAAAAUUAUUUUUACAUUAAUGAAGUUGCAAUUGCAUUUCGUACAAUGCAUCUUCAUACAUUUUUACAAUUCAUAAACCAAAAAUAUGUAAUACUAGGAAUUUCAAUGAGUACUCGACUAUCGCUCGGUCAUGCCAAUCAUCGACUAAAAUUUUCUUAGUCAAAUACUUGUAAUAAAGUGAAGAAAAAAAAAUUAAAACAAUUUGUUUCUUAGUAGGGUAGUUUUUGGGCUUUAAAUAAAAACAGUUUUCUUUUUUGGCAUCUUUGAUCAUGUUACACUCUGUUUCAUCACAGGAGUCGGCGAUUUUAUCAAUUUCUGGAAAAUAAAUGAGAAACAGGCACAAAUCCUACCAGUGAGCUUCGUGAGCGUAGCGAGCGCUCGCGAAGCUCACUGGUAGGAUUUUGCUUGUUUCUCAUUUAUUUACAACAAAUUGAUAAAAUCGCCGACUCCUGUGGUUUCAUAUAUCGAACAGGUGGCCCAGGUAUAUUUUUAAGUGAACAUAGAAGCUUCUAACUAGUAGCCAACUCUGAUAUUGAUUUUUUUGUGUUAAAAUUGUAUUUACUAUUAUGCACCUCUUCAUCAUCAUUCAUUCUAGGAUUUGGUAAAAAUUGUAAUAUAUGUAUAUUUUUGAAAGUUUUUUCAAAAGUUUAUCGACGCUCAGUGAUAUAUCGAAAUGUUUCUCCACAAAACAAGGUUAAUAGUAAACAUUUAGGCAUCAUGCCUAGAGUAUGUCAUGUAAAGUAUAACGUUUUUGAUUGGUUACCAUAAUGUUGUUAUGACAAAACCAGACUAUCAGAAAUAUGAUUUGUUCUUUUUUUUCAAAAUUUAAAUAUAUGAAUUUGAUACAUAUAAAUAUGAUGCAGCAAUCAGUUUGAUAAAAAAAAAGAAUUCUGCUGGUUUUUUAAUCACAAUGGUUUUUGGAAAUGAAUGCUCAUUUGAUCAUGGAUUUGAAUAAUUAAAAUCUGACCCUCAAUGCUUAAAAUGUCAACAGGAGGAUUAUAAAUAUUAUCCUUGAUGUACCAGAUAAAAUUAUAUUCUACCUCAUGCUAAUUUAUAAGGAAAUCAUUGGUUAACAGUAGUCAUGGAGACCAUGUAUAAUCCAUACACCAUUAGUACAAGAGAUACCUCCCCUUGAGCAUUAUGACACUAUUUUAAGAGUAUUAGGACAUCAAAUUUUGCACCCAACUUGAAACUUGCAACACUGUUAUGAAAUGUUUUCUUUUCAUUAUUUUGUAAUUUACACAAAGGCAGUCUGUAAGUUAUAUUUGUCACAUGGUAAGUAGUUGACCUAAUAUGGUUUAUAAGUGGUCAGUAAAUUCCAUAUGGGGUGAGAGCGGAGCGCCACUCUCUCUCAUAUAGUAUUUACAGACCACAUAUAAACUAUUUGAGGCAAACUACACACCAUGA